UCUCUCUCUCUCUCUCUCUCUAGUGCUCCAACAGUUACCCAACUCCCACUUGCAACUUCUAACGUUCAGCCAUCCAAGAUGAAAUGCAUCAAAACACUAGCUGAAUCACCUGAUCUCAAAACCAUCCCUUCUAACUAUGCCUACUCUGUAAAACCCAAUGAAACCAGAGCUUCAGACCCAGAAGACUCAGUACCUAUUAUUGAUUUUUCCUUACUCACUAAUGUUUCUCCUGAACAGCGCUCCAAAACCAUCCAAGACCUUGGGAAAGCCUGUCAAGAGUGGGGCUUCUUCAUGGUGGUUAAUCAUGGUGUACCAGAGGCUCUGAUGAAGGCGAUGAUCAAUGCGAGUGAUGAGUUUUUCAAUCUGACGGAGGAGGAGAAGCAGGAGUUUGCAGGGAAGCAUGUUUUAGACCCAAUCAGGUGUGGUACCAGCUUCAAUACUUCCAAGGAAAAGGUUUUCUUCUGGAGAGAUUUUGUAAAGGUCAUUGUGCAUCCAGAAUUUCACUCUCCCAACAAACCUAUUGGAUUCAGUAAGCAUUUAUCAGAGUAUUGUGAAAGAACUCGAAAAGUUGCAAGGGAAUUACUCAGAGGAAUAUGGAAGAGUCUAGGACUGGAAGAGAGCUAUGUGGACAAAGCCUUGAAUAUGGACUCAGGCUUUCAAAGUUUUACUGCCAACCUCUAUCCACCUUGUCCACAGCCUGAACUUGCCAUGGGCUUGCCACCUCAUUCAGAUCAUGGCCUUUUGACAUUCCUUAUACAGAAUGGAGUGGGAGGCCUUCAAGUACAGCACAAUGGAAAGUGGGUCAAUGUGAACGCCAUUCCUAACUCUUAUCUAGUAAACACCGGUGAUCACCUUGAGAUAUUCAGCAAUGGGAAGUACAGGAGCGUUAUACAUCGAGCAGUUGUGAAUAACAGAGUCACAAGAAUAUCGCUACCCAUCGCCAUUGGGCCAUCGCUCGAAACAAGUGUUAGCCCAGCUUCCACCUUGGUAGAAAGUGAAAACAAUCCCCCUAGAUAUGUUCCAAUGAAAUACAGGCAAUAUUUGGAGCUGCAACAAGGUAACCUGCUUGAUGGGAAAUCCUGCUUAGAUCGGGUUCGGGUUCAAAGCAAGUAGCUGGUUAUAUCAACAUACAAUAAUUGGCCCACAAGUAUACCGUGUGUAUAUGAUGUUUGAUGUAUAUAUGUAUAGGUAAUUGUUUGCUAUUGGAUCGUAAUAUUGCAUGUCUGUGAGGAUGUGAUAUCAGAAUACAGAUCUCCAAAAUAGUAUCGGCCUAA